GCACUUAUACAAUUUGAAGGUCGUGUGCAUCUAUGUGCAAUGCCUGUGUUGAGCCCUCUUGAGUUUCGUGAUUGUGUUGUGGACAGCCCAAAUUUCCGAAAGGCUUUAUCAGACCAUGAGACAGACUUAAAAACUGCAAACAAAAAGGUUAAAAGUGUUCUAGUGAACACAAGAAGAGUUUUUGAAGCUAUGGAAUCGUUAAAUCAAGCGCUUAUUGACUAUGCUGAAUCAUUGAAUGAUUUUUCAGAGUAUGCUCAUCAAUCAACUUGUUUAUCACAAACAGAUAAUGAAGUUUGUGAAACUGAUGAUGAUAUUAUUAUUAAAAAUGCUUUAUCAGUUUAUGCAACUAUAAUUACAAAUGUUGAAGAGGCAAGACGUACUAUGAUUCAACCCAAUAAAGAGCUGAUCUUAACUGAACUAUCCGAAUUACGUUCUUUAUGGUUAGGUGGUCAAAAUACUAAUGUAAAAGCAUUUCAAAAAGAAACUAAAAACUUUUGUCAAUACCUUGAAAAAUACGCAUCAAUUAAAUCAAAAGAGUUUACAGAAGAUAAUGAUGCAAAAAUGCUUCAAGAGCGUAAAAAUUAUAUUGCCAAAGCAUUUGAAUACAUUAGCAAUAUAAAUGAAGCGCACGAAUUGAAAAAAUCCAAAUUUGUUCAAACAGUCAGUUUGAUCAUGAGAAUGUUGUCAAAUUUCUAUUAUCAAGCUUUUGAACAAUUCAAAGAUUCAUCAAAUCAAAUUAGUCAGAUACUUCAGGCUGCACAGCGUUCUAGUGAAAAUUAUGAACAAAUUAGUUUAGAGAGUAAAACAUUAACAGAAAAACUAUUAAAUACACCAUGGGAACAAAUACAAUCGACAAAUUUAGCUGAUACACGUGAAGGUUAUGUAUUUGUUGCUACAAAAAAAGCUGUUAUGACAAUUUGGACAAAAAAUUUCUGUACAUAUAAUCGUAAUAGUAAAAUAUUGAAGCUUACACCCUAUACUCAAUAUCAAGACAAUGAUAAUAAUACUGAAAUAUUGAAUGUAAUCUCGUGUAGACGACGAUCAAAUGAUUCCAUUGAUAGACGUUGGUGUUUUGAUAUUGAAGUAUCAAAAAGAUCUACUCCACUUACUUUACAAGCACAAUGCUUGGAUGAUCUUCAUGAAUGGCUUCUUGUAAUGGAUGGAAAAGAGCCAAUUUAUGAAGAUAGACGUGUGUGCCUCCAGGAAUCAGAUAAUAUUCAAUUAAACGAUAAAAGUUAUGAAUUUCUACAAAAUUUAAUUCAUGCCAUCGAAAAAAAUGGUAUUCAAGUUGAAGGAAUCUAUAGAACAUGUGGGGUGAAAUCUAAAGUUGCCAGUUUAAUUAAACAAGCACUAUCUCCAUCAGGAAUAUCCAAGGCAACUUUGUCAAAUUAUGAAUUAUGCGUUUUAACUGGUGCAUUGAAAAGUUUUAUUCGACAAUUAGAAAUUCCUAUUAUGACAUUUCAAUUACAUGAUUCUUUCAUGUCUGCAAUGAAACGAGAUAAUGCUUAUCGAUUAACAGAACUUAGCGCUUUAUUAAAAUUGUUGCCACCAGAAAAUCAACGUACUUUAGAUUUACUGAUUAAACAUUUAUCAAGCGUUGCUGCAUAUAGUCAAAUGAAUCAUAUGAAUCCAAGUAAUCUAGGCAUUGUAUUCGCGCCAUCAUUGUUUCGUUCACGUGAAGAAUCUGUCGCUGCAAUUAUGUCAACAAAAUUUGCUUCAACUGCUGUUGAAUUAAUGAUUAUUAAUUAUUCAAGUUUAUUUCCAAUACAUUCAUCGAAUAUUUUUCGACCAAUACCUCAAUUACUCUUGCCAUUAUCUACCAUUCCGGUUGUUAUGGAUGAUAGAAAUGGUACUAUGAGCGAAAGUAUCAAUACUACUCGUUAUUCUGUCAGUAGUAUAUUUGAUAAUAAUAAUAAUAGUACUCCUACUAAUAUGAGUAAAUAUAACCAUAUUAAGAAUGGUCAAAACUCUAUAGAACCAGUGUAUACUACACCGCUUAUUAGUUAUCCUUUUCAGUUAACUAAUUCAAUAAUGGAUCGAUCUGAAAACAUGUUCACUUCGUCCAGUAAUGAAAACUACUCAUCUCAAACAUCUUUACAAUCGAUUAAAUCAUCAUCUACAUUUACAUCUUCCAUCACAACAACAACACCACCAACAACAACAACAACCAUCACCACUAGAACCAAUUCACAAUCAUUCAAAAGUUUAUCAAGUCUCCCAAUCGCAUUACAAAUUGUCCAUGACAAUGAAUACAUUAUUAAUCAAUACGAACAAAAUUCAAUAAAUGAUAAAAUUUUAAAUCAUUCACUUCAUCAUCAUCAUAAUUCUUUGUCAGUUACAUCAUCAUUAUCUAAUCAUAAUAAUCAUUUAAUUGAACCAUCAUUGAAAUCUCGUAUAUCACCGCAACGUAACAGGUAGUUAUUUUUGAUGGUAAUAAUCAUAACAAUGAACAUUAGUUUUGUCAAUAGUUUACCUUAUGGUCAAUGGUUUAGGUCCUUAGUUGUUGGGAAGUUUACGUCUAGUUUAGAGGUGUAUUGUUAUCACAAUAGGGGGAAGUGAAUCGACGAGCAAGAAUGGGGAAUUUGAGCCCAAACGUCUAGUAAAAAGAUAUGACCGGUCGUGGUGUUCAACCUCGUUGAUAGUGAGAUAGCUUAUCAUGGGAUUAAAUAAUAUUGGACUACACCCCAAAUCAAUCAAAAUUGAAAGUGUGAAUCAUUCGUUCUCAGCUCAUUGUUACUAAGAUCAACCAUUCUUCAUUAAUUGACAUAGUGAUAAGUUAAGAAGGAUAAUGGUUGAGUAAUUGGGUUACCUCACGCGUCUUUCGUGAUACUCAACCAGACGUCAAGUUGGAUUGUGCACAUAAGUGAGUAACUAAGUGAGCACACAAGUUUUAACCGUAAGUGGUGGUGGAGAAGAUUUGUAGCUAAGGCGGUCGAUUUUAACUAGUGUUAGCCAACUUUACUAUCCGUCAACUAUGAUUAUCGCUCUAAGCUCAACCAAGUAGUUUGCACCUGCCAACAUGUCGUACUCCAACAAUUAUUGAAUUUAUGAACUAUUACCAUGUAUUAGUUCGAUCGCCCAUUGCUUUCCUUCAACCUAAUUCUAUGCUCGUCAGCUGUAUGCUCCGCUGUAGACCAUUAUUACAAUGCUAUUGGUGGAUGGAAAUUAAAUUUCAUGGUUUUUGUAGUAGUUUUCUUAGAAAAUUUGUUUAUUUUGAGCAAAAACGUUUGUUCAGUCCGAACCUCCCAAUUCAUUUCGUUGCAUCACAAUCUUUUAGAAAAUCUCCUGCACCACCACCUCCACCUACUUCAGCAAAGUAUGUAAAUACAAUCCCAGUAAGAAGUCUAUCAACAAAACCUACUACAUUGUCACAAACUCCUGUCACAACGACAAUCAAAGAAACUGCCACUACUGCUGCCAGUGCUUUGAACCAUGAAGAUCUAUCCUCUCAUAAUCACUCUGAUGAAUGUAAUAAUUUUAGUAUUGAAUUCGAUCAAACAUGUGUACCGUCUAUGUCUUCUGAAUAACACUAUUUGAACUGCUCUCUAUUCUGCCAGGUAAAUGUGUUUUUUGCACUUCGUUGUUAUAUUUAUAAACACAUCUACUUUGCUGUCACAAACUAACUUCAGCCCAUAAAUCAUUUAAAGCAUGGGAACACUUAAUGCGUGUGUACACUAAGGACCUCUACGAGACUGAGUUCAUGACAAUCAGGUUUCGCGUGAAGUACCUUUACUUCGCUGAUAUAGUAUCCACCAGUCCAUGUAUCCAAUCUAAAAAGAUUCAUCACAUUACUGUCAUUAAUGCAUGACAUAAAAUUGAAUGAACUUUAUUGAUGGAGUUUUUAUAAUAAGAAUCCGAUCAGUAGUGUCUAGCCUCGUGGAAAAUCUCAGAAGUUUUAAUUUGAAAUCUUGACUGGUAGAUUACUAUUGUUACUACUACUUCUACCACUAGUAUACGUCAUAUCCAUGAGUGGAGAUAUAAGUUCAGUUGAUCAGUGGGUCAUUCUGUGCUUGAAAUGAAAAGUAAUGGGUUCCAUUUUCAGUGUGAACUUUAUCAGUGGACAUUUCUAGUCCUUUGUAGAAAAUGACGCUCAUGCUGUGAUCUAUAGUUAGUCAAUCUUUAACAUGAUGUUACAUAUUUUGAUACAAAAUGAAGGCCUUUUUUCUUAUUUUUGCAUCAUUAUGUUUCAGAACUUCAAUGCAUUAAUACAGAAGUACAAUCAAAUAAAAUGUGCACAUCAUCUUACUUAACUGAUUGGUCGAAAAUUAUUGUGUACAAAUUAUUCUACUUAUAUACUUAUAAGUAGUGUAAAAUUAUCUGAAAAAUUAUCUGUCAAAUAGCGUUCAACCUGUCAGCCAACUUUUUUUAAGAAAAAAAUAUGCAUCAUGUUACUUAUAUAUACGUAUGUACACACUAACAGUGCAGAAUAAACUUAUUUUUCAUCUACUUGAAUCAACUAAUGUAUUUCUUUCAUGUUGACGCCUUUUAUUGUUCCUUUAGUUUGUUUUUUUAUUGGAAAUAAUCUCAGUACCAGUAUUAUGCGUCAGGAUGAGAGUAAAGUAAAUUAUAUUAUGGUGUAUAUUCCAGAUUAUUUACAGGUUGAUUGGUUCGUUAAAUUUUUUUGAGUGGUGUACUGAUUUCCCAAAUAAUAAGAGGACUUUUUGUCGCGAAUCAUUUGUUCGCAAAUUCUCAACACUAUCACGAGAAAUUUGUUGAAACUGUAGUAUUGACCCUUUUUCUCUCAGUAAUUUUGACUUUGAUGCAGUUAUUUAUUGU